AUGAAAGGCAGAGGACGAGGAAGAGCUAAGAAUAUUUCACUUGAAAGCGAAGCGAGCACAAGUUCCACAGUGGGAAGAGGACGUGGACGUGGUAGACAGUUGAAGUCUGGUACUGUCAGCGAUAAAUCCGCUGACAAAAAGCAUGAACAAAUCGGAGAAUUGGCGUGUAGACCGAACCGUGGAGAAUUAGGUAAGCGUAUUGAGCUGAUGGUCAACUUCAAGCUCUUGGGAGUACCUGCUUCUCUACAAAUUUAUUGCUACCAUGUGGAUAUUCUGAAAGUAACUGUGAAAGACAAACUUGUAGUGGAAAACAGAGAUACUUGUCGCGAAAUAUUUUGGAAAAUCAUUUCAAAUAACAAAGAAAUAUUUGGCACAGGAUAUUCUCUGGCGUAUGAUGAUUGCCAUACGCUCUAUUCUCUUAACAAACUAAAGAUUGAGAAAUCAACAUUGGAACUUCAAUUAUUCAUUGAACCAAAACCGGGUUUGAAACCACCUAAUGUAUCGUUCCUGGUUUGCAUAUCACUCGCUAAUUACUUUACUGUCAAUACCGAUGAGCAGUUACCAAAUUUCCGGGCAAGUAUGCAGUUUUUAGAUUGUUUGCUUACACAACGAGUGCGCUGCCCAUAUAUGGCUAUGGCUUCGAGUUUUUAUGCAUUUGAUCAAUAUAUGUAUAUGAAGCCAUGUAAAAGCACUCCCCAUAGCAUGCUAAAUGUGGGUCCUGGAAUGGAGGCAUGGACAGGACUAUAUAGUGCUGUAAAACGCUGUGAAAAAGGACUCAUGCUAAAUGUAGACGGGCAUGCUUUAGUUGGACAACUAAUUUUUAAACAACUGUUCAACGGAAUUGCUGGUGCUUGUAUUCUAUGCAUAUCUACAAAAGUAUUUUAUAAAGUCGACAUGUGGUUGAUUGACUUCUAUUUGGCAGUCUUAAAUGAAUUUGUGGGUCGAAGAAAGCCGUACGAUAUCGAUAUUAUAACAAGCGAAACAUUUGCAUUGUCUGUUAAUCAAAGGCAGCAGCUGAAAGAUGCAAUGAAAGAUGGGUGUUUAAUGCUUAAAUUGACAUAUGAUAACAGACAUGUCAAAUUUAUUGAUGUUGGACAACCUGCACGAAUACAAAGAUUUCAAAUGAUGCGAAGCGAUGAUUAUGUUGAGGAAUUGACUAUCGAGGAGUAUUUCAUUCGUUAUAAAAAUAUACGCUUGAAAUUUCCGUACCUUCCAGUUUUACACUGUGGAACACUAACAAGGAAGGAUUACUUUCCGAUGGAACUUCUGCGGUUAUCUGACAAAGUACAGCGUGUAAAAAAACGUCUGACUCCGUUUCAGGUCGCAAAAUUGAUCAGAGGUACGGCACUGAGUCCUUUGGAGAGAUUCAGAAAAAUUGAUUGGUUUCUAAAAGGAAUGAGAAUAUCCACCGAUGAUGAGUUCCUUGAGCAGUUUGGAAUCACUUUCCCAUCAGUCAAAAAUGGGAUCCCUGAAUCAAUAAAAAUUCUUGGACGAAUUUUGCCGUCACCUGCGAUCAAAUUUAAGACAAUUGAAUUACCAGCAAUGAAUGGUUCUUGGGAUUUAAAAGAUGGUUUCUUUGAAACCUCUAAUGAUGUUCACUUCGCUGUUGUAUUCGUUGAUCAAGCUAUUAAUAUACAGAACUUUCGAGAACCAUUCAAUACUUUAAUUGGCACCUGCAAAUUCUUUGGUAUGAAAUUUGUAAAGGAAAAUUUUGGAGCCGAUACUGUUGAGAUAUAUAAUUGGAAUACGUGCGAAGAAGAAGCUGAUGUUUACGUACGUAGUUUUAAAAAAGUGUGUAACGAAAUAGGGAAAGAAAAGCUGAAGCCACUGAUGAUCUUCAUCACUCCGGUGAAGAACGAUGACAUAUAUGGACGAAUAAAAGUGACAUGUGAUAAAGAGGAGGGUGUAGCGUGUCAAGUAAUUCUUACCGAAACAUUUCUCAAAAUGCGUGGAAAUCCAAGGCGUAAUACUGUAUCUCACAAUGUUUGUUUGAAAAUAAACGUCAAGUUGGAUGGCAUUAACAGUGAAGUGGCGCGAAACCAGAAUUACUGGAAAAAAUUUAUUGAUAGAGAAGCCCCAACUCUAUUUAUGGGUAUUGAUGUCACGCAUCCACCUUCAGGUGAUUCUUCAACUCCAUCAAUUGCUGCUAUUAUUGGAUCACUAAAUAUUAGUGCAACAAGAUAUGCAGCAUCUUUGAAAAUUCAACAACCAAGAAUGGAAGUAGUAAUGUAUACCGUGGAUGCAUUCCGAACACGUAUUAUGGAGUUUAGCGUACAAACAGGAUGUAAACCGGGACAUAUAGUGCUAUUUCGUGAUGGUGUUUCGGAUUCUCAAUUCUUGGACGUCAUGAACGAUGAGUUGUUGUGUUUGAAAACAGCUAUACAUCAGCUAGAUCAGCAGUACAAUCCAACAGUUUCUUAUAUUGUAGUACAAAAAAGGCAUCACACUCGUUUUUUCCAACAAGAUAUGGAAAGAGACAAAGGAAAUGUAUCACCAGGAACAGUCGUUGACAACACAAUAACGAGUCCACUACGAUUUGACUUCUAUCUAUGCUCACAUCGUGGUGCUAUUGGGACAUCAAGACCAUCUCACUAUAUCAUUCUUUAUGAUUCAUGGCAUUUAUCUGCGGAUGAUUGGCAACAAAUGAUUUAUGCUUUAUGCCAUGUGUACGCUCGAUGCAAUAAAUCGGUUUCAAUACCAGCACCUGUUUAUUAUGCCCAUUUAGCGUGCGAUAGAGCGAAGCGUCUUUUAAAAUAUACACGAAUGGGUGAAACAUCGAGAAGUGAACCUAAUACCCGUGUGCUCGAACAAAGUUUUGCUCUCAAUCCAGAUACUCCGAGCAUGUAUUUUAUAUAA